AUGUGGAGCAGAUGGCUAUUGACUGGCUCACGGGCAACUUCUACUUCGUGGAUGACAUCGAUGACAGGAUCUUUGUCUGCAACAAGAAUGGGGUCACCUGCGUCACGCUGCUGGACCUGGAGCUGUACAACCCCAAGGGAAUAGCGCUGGACCCGGCGAUGGGCAAAGUGUUCUUCACCGACUACGGGCAGAUCCCCAAGGUGGAGCGCUGCGACAUGGAUGGGCAGAACCGCACCAAGCUGGUGGACAGCAAGAUCGUCUUCCCACACGGCAUCACCUUGGACCUGUGAACCGGCUGGGGGGACGGGGAAAUGGUGAACCGGCUGGUGUACCGGGCUGACGCCUACCUUGACUAUAUUGAGGUGGUGGACUAUGAAGGCAAGAACAGACAUACCAUCAUCCAGGGCAUCCUGAUUGAGCACCUCUAUGGGCUGACUGUCUUUGAGAACUACCUCUAUGCCACCAACUCCGACAACGCCAACGCCCAGCAGAAAACCAGCGUCAUCCGCGUCAACCGCUUCAACAGCACCGAGUACCAAGUGGUGACGCGGGUGGACAAGGGGGGGGCGCUGCACAUCUACCACCAGCGGCGCCAGCCCACAGUGAGGAGCCAUGCCUGCGAGCCUGACCAGUUUGGCAAGCCGGGAGGCUGCUCCGAUAUCUGCCUCCUUGGGAACAGCCACAAGACCCGGACCUGCCGGUGCCGCUCCGGGUUCAGCCUGGGCAGCGAUGGGAAGUCCUGCAAAAAGCCUGAGCAUGAGCUGUUCCUGGUGUAUGGGAAGGGGCGUCCAGGCAUCAUCCGUGGGAUGGACAUGGGGGCCAAGGUGCCGGACGAGCACAUGAUCCCCAUCGAGAACCUUAUGAACCCCCGUGCUCUGGACUUCCAUGCUGAGACAGGCUUCAUCUACUUUGCCGACACCACCAGCUACCUCAUCGGGCGCCAGAAGAUCGACGGCACGGAGCGAGAGACCAUCCUGAAGGAUGGCAUCCACAACGUGGAAGGGAUUGCUGUGGACUGGAUGGGGAACAACCUGUACUGGACGGAUGAUGGCCCCAAAAAGACCAUCAGUGUGGCUCGGCUAGAGAAGGCUGCCCAGACACGGAAAACACUGAUUGAGGGGAAGAUGACCCAUCCCCGUGCGAUCGUGGUGGACCCCCUGAACGGGUGGAUGUACUGGACGGACUGGGAGGAGGAUCCGAAGGACAGCAAGAGGGGCAAGAUCGAGAGAGCCUGGAUGGAUGGUUCCAACCGCAACGUCUUCAUCACCUCCAAGACUGUCCUGUGGCCCAAUGGGCUGAGCCUGGACAUCCCGGCCAAGAUCCUUUACUGGGUGGAUGCUUUCUAUGACCGCAUCGAGAUGGUCUAUCUCAACGGCACUGAGCGGAAGAUCGUGUACGAGGGACCGGAGCUGAAUCACGCCUUCGGGCUGUGCCACUACAGCAACUUCCUCUUCUGGACCGAGUACCGCAGCGGCAGCAUCUACCGCCUGGACCAGGCCUCCAAGGUGGGACAUGUUACAGAGUGUCCUGUUAGGAGCCCAGCACUGGAGUCCCCUUCUCACCCCUACUUUGCCUCCACAGUGGGCUCCAACAAGUGCCGUGUCAACAACGGUGGCUGCAGCAGCUUGUGCCUGGCCACCCCGCGGGGCCGGCAGUGUGCCUGCGCCGAGGACCAGGUCCUGGGGCCGGACACUGUGACCUGCCAGGCCAACCCGUCCUACAUCCCCCCUCCGCAGUGCCAGCCCGGGGAGUUCGCCUGCAAGAACAACCGCUGCAUCCAGGAGCGCUGGAAGUGUGAUGGGGACAAUGACUGCUUGGACAACAGCGAUGAAGCCCCGGAGCUCUGCCACCAGCACACAUGCCCCUCUGACCGCUUCAAAUGCAAGAACAACCGCUGCAUCCCCAACCGCUGGCUCUGCGAUGGGGACAACGACUGCGGGAACAACGAGGACGAGUCCAACUCCACGUGCUCAGCUCGGACCUGCUCCCCCAACCAGUUCUCCUGUGCCAGUGGUCGCUGCAUCCCCAUCUCCUGGACGUGUGACCUGGACGAUGACUGUGGGGACCGCUCGGAUGAGUCUGCCUCAUGUGCCUACCCGACCUGCUUCCCCUUGACGCAGUUCACCUGCAACAACGGGCGCUGCAUCAACAUCAACUGGCGCUGCGACAACGAAAAAGAUUGUGGGGAUGGCUCUGACGAAAAGAACUCGGGCUGCAGCCACUCCUGCUCCAGCAACCAGUUCAAGUGCAACAGCGGGCGCUGCAUCCCCGUGCACUGGACCUGUGAUGGGGACAAUGACUGUGGGGACUACAGCGACGAAACUCACGCCAACUGCACCAACCAGGCCACGCGCCCGCCUGGAGGCUGCCACACUGAUGAGUUCCAGUGCCGCCUGGACGGGCUCUGCAUCCCCAUGCGCUGGCGUUGCGACGGUGACACGGACUGCAUGGACUCCAGCGAUGAGAAGAACUGCGAGGGGGUCACCCAUGUCUGCGACCCCAAUGUCAAGUUUGGCUGCAAGGACUCGGCCCGGUGCAUCAGCAAGGCCUGGGUCUGCGACGGGGACAGCGACUGCGAGGACAACUCGGAUGAGGAGAACUGCGAGUCGCUGGUGUGCAAACCUCCAUCCCAUACCUGUGCCAACAACACCUCCAUCUGCCUCCCCCCUGAGAAGCUCUGCGACGGCUCCGACGACUGCGGGGACGGCUCCGACGAGGGCGAGCUCUGCGGUGAACCAAUCCAGAGCUACUGUGCCAAGCACCUCAAGUGCAGCCAGAAGUGCGAGCAGGACAAGUACAACGUCAAGUGCUCGUGCUAUGAGGGCUGGAUGCUGGAGCCCGAUGGAGAGAGCUGCCGCAGCCUGGACCCCUUCAAGCCGUUCAUCAUAUUCUCAAACCGCCACGAGAUCCGCCGGAUUGACCUGCACCGGGGUGACUACAGCGUCCUGGUCCCCGGGCUGCGCAACACCAUCGCCUUGGACUUCCACCUCAACCAGAGCUCGCUGUACUGGACUGACGUGGUGGAGGACAAGAUCUAUAGGGGAAAGCUGCUUGAGAAUGGGGCUCUGACCAGCUUUGAGGUGGUCAUACAGUACGGGCUGGCCACCCCCGAGGGGCUGGCUGUGGACUGGAUCGCUGGCAACAUCUACUGGGUGGAGAGCAACCUGGACCAGAUUGAGGUGGCCAAGCUGGACGGCACCAUGCGAACCACCCUGCUGGCUGGGGACAUCGAGCAUCCCCGCGCCAUCGCCCUGGACCCUCGCUAUGGGAUCCUGUUCUGGACGGACUGGGAUGCCAGCCUGCCCCGCAUCGAGGCUGCCUCCAUGAGCGGCGCGGGCCGGCGCACCAUUCACAAGGAGACAGGCUCUGGCGGGUGGCCCAAUGGGCUCACUGUGGACUACCUGGAGAAGCGCAUCCUUUGGAUCGACGCCAGGUCAGAUGCCAUCUACUCAGCCCUGUACGAUGGGACGGGGCACAUUGAGGUGCUGCGGGGACACGAGUACCUGUCGCAUCCCUUCGCCGUCACCCUGUACGGCGGUGAGGUCUACUGGACCGACUGGCGCACCAACACGCUGGCCAAGGCCAACAAGUGGACGGGGCACAACGUGACGGUGGUGCAGAGGACCAACACGCAGCCUUUCGACCUGCAGGUCUAUCACCCCUCCCGGCAGCCCCUGGCUCCCAAUCCCUGUGAAGCCAACGGGGGCAAAGGGCCGUGUUCCCACCUCUGCCUCAUCAACUACAACCGCACGUUGUCCUGCGCCUGUCCCCACCUCAUGAAGCUGGACAAGGACAACACAACCUGCUAUGAGUUUAAGAAGUUCCUGCUGUACGCACGGCAGAUGGAGAUCCGUGGCGUGGACAUUGACAACCCCUACUACAACUACAUCAUCUCCUUCACGGUGCCUGACAUCGACAACGUCACCGUGGUGGACUACGAUGCUCUGGAGCAGCGCAUUUACUGGUCUGAUGUCCGCACCCAGACCAUCAAGAGAGCCUUCAUCAACGGCACUGGUGUGGAGACCGUCGUCUCUGCGGACCUGCCCAACGCUCACGGCCUCUCCGUGGACUGGGUUUCCAGAAACCUCUUCUGGACCAGCUAUGACGCCAACAAGAAGCAGAUCAAUGUGGCCCGGCUGGAUGGCUCCUUCAAGAACGCGCAGGGGCUGGACAAGCCUCAUUGCCUGGUGGUUCACCCCCUCCAGGGGGGACUGGCCAUCGACUACCCAGAGAGCAAACUGUACUGGAUCAGCUCUGGCAAUGGCACCAUCAAUAGGUGCAACCUGGAUGGCAGCAAUCUGGAGGUGAUCGAGUCCAUCAAGAGUCAGCUGAGCAAGGCGACCGCCCUGGCCAUCAUGGGCGACAAGCUCUGGUGGGCUGACCAGGCCUCCGAGAGGAUGGGCACCUGCAACAAGAAGGACGGGACGGAGGUGACGGUGCUGCGCAACAGCACCACGCUGGUGAUGCACAUGAAGGUGUACGACGAGAGCAUCCAGCAAGCUGGAACCAACCCCUGCAGCCAGAAUAAUGGGGACUGCUCUCAGCUCUGCCUCCCCACUUCUGAGACCUCCCGGUCCUGCAUGUGCACUGCGGGCUACAGCCUGAAGAGCGGGCAGCAGUCCUGCGAAGGUGUUGGCUCCUUCCUCCUGUAUUCAGUCCACGAGGGGAUACGUGGCAUUCCCCUGGACCCCAAUGACAAGUCAGAUGCUCUCGUGCCUGUGUCAGGAACCUCCUUGGCUGUGGGGAUCGACUUCCAUGCAGAGAAUGACACCAUUUACUGGGUGGACAUGGGUCUGAGCACCAUCAGCAGGGCCAAGCGGGACCAGACGUGGCGGGAGGACGUGGUCACCAACGGCAUUGGCCGCGUGGAGGGCAUUGCUGUGGACUGGAUCGCCGGAAACAUCUACUGGACGGACCAGGGCUUUGAUGUGAUCGAGGUGGCCAGGCUGAAUGGGUCCUUCCGCUACGUGGUCAUCUCACAGGGGUUGGACAAGCCGCGGGCCAUCACGGUCCAUCCAGAGAAGGGGUACCUGUUCUGGACAGAGUGGGGGCAGUACCCCCGCAUUGAACGCUCACGCCUGGAUGGCACCGAGCGGAUGGUGCUGGUUAACGUCAGCAUCAGUUGGCCUAAUGGGAUAUCCGUCGACUACGAGGAUGGGAAACUUUACUGGUGCGAUGCGCGGACGGACAAGAUUGAACGUAUUGACCUGGAGACGGGUGAAAACCGAGAGGUUGUUCUGUCCAGCAACAACAUGGACAUGUUCUCCGUGUCGGUCUUUGAGGAGUACAUUUACUGGAGCGACAGGACUCACGCCAAUGGCUCCAUCAAAAGAGGCAACAAGGACAACGCCACCGAGUCGGUGUCCCUGCGGACGGGGAUCGGUGUGCAGCUCAAGGACAUCAAAGUCUUCAACCGGGCCAGGCAGAAGGGCACCAACAUCUGUGCCCAGAACAACGGGGGCUGCCAGCAGCUCUGCCUGUUCCGUGGCAGCGGGCAGCGGACGUGUGCCUGCGCCCAUGGCAUGCUGUCCGAGGACGGGGUGAGCUGCCGGGACUACGAUGGUUACCUGCUGUACUCGGAGCGCACCAUCCUCAAGAGCAUCCACCUGUCAGACGAGAACAACCUCAACGCGCCCAUCAAGCCCUUCGAGGACGCGGAGCACAUGAAGAACGUCAUUGCCUUGGCCUUUGACUACCGCUACGGCUCCAAGGGCAGCAACCGCAUAUUCUACAGCGACAUCCACUUCGGAAACAUCCAGCAGAUCAACGACGAUGGCACUGGGCGCAAGACCAUCGUGGAGAACGUGGGCUCGGUGGAGGGGCUGGCGUACCACCGCGGCUGGGACACCCCCCCCACCACCCCCCGCCACACCGUGGACCAGAGCCGCCUGGGCGCCUUCGAGAGGGAGACGGUGAUCACCAUGUCGGGGGACGAUCACCCCCGCGCCUUCGUGCUGGAUGAGUGUCAGAACCUGAUGUUCUGGACCAACUGGAAUGAGCAGCACCCCAGCAUCAUGCGUGCCACCCUCUCUGGUGCCAACGUCCUCAUCAUCAUUGACCAGGACAUACGGACACCCAAUGGGCUGGCCAUUGACCACAAGGCUGAGAAGAUCUACUUCUCUGAUGCCACACUGGACAAAAUCGAGCGCUGUGAAUACGACGGCUCCCACCGCCACGUGAUCCUGAAAUCAGAGCCCGUGCACCCCUUUGGCCUGGCUGUCUACGGUGAUUACAUCUUCUGGACGGACUGGGUGCGCAGGGCUGUGCAACGAGCCAACAAGUACGUGGGCACCGACAUGAAGCUCCUGCGUGUUGACAUCCCCCAGCAGCCCAUGGGCAUCAUUGCUGUGGCCAACGACACGGACAGCUGUGAGCUGUCCCCGUGCAGGGUGAACAAUGGUGGCUGCCAGGAUCUCUGCCUGCUCACGCCCAAAGGGCACGUCAACUGCUCCUGCCGUGGGGAGCGUGUCCUGCAGGAGGAUUUCACCUGCAAAGCUCUGAAUUCCACCUGCAACGUGCACGAGUUCGAAUGUGGGAACGGCGACUGCAUUGACUUCAGCCGAACCUGCGAUGGUGUCGUCCACUGCAAGGACAAGUCAGAUGAGAAGCAGUCCUACUGCAGCUACUGGUGCAACGGCAUGGAUGACUGCGGGGACAACUCGGACGAAGUGCCCUGUAACAAAACCAGCUGUGCUGCCACCGAGUUCCGCUGCCGGGAUGGGACCUGCAUCGGGAACUCGAGCCGCUGCAAUCAGUUCAUUGACUGCGAGGAUGCUUCGGAUGAGAUGAACUGCACCGCCACUGACUGCAGCAGCUAUUUCAAGCUGGGGGUGAAGGGUACCACGUUCCAGAAGUGUGAACACACGUCCCUGUGCUACGCCCCGAGCUGGGUGUGCGAUGGGGCGAAUGAUUGCGGAGACUACUCAGAUGAGCGCAACUGCCCAGGUGGGAGGAAACCCAAGUGUCCAGCCAAUUACUUUGCCUGCCCAAGCGGGAGGUGCAUCCCCAUGACUUGGACCUGUGACAAAGAGGAUGACUGCGAGAACGGAGAAGAUGAGACCCACUGCAGUGAGCGGCAGGACAAGUUCUGCUACCCCGUGCAGUUUGAGUGCAACAACCACCGCUGCAUCUCCAAGCUCUGGGUGUGCGAUGGGGCAGACGACUGUGGGGAUGGCUCCGAUGAAGACAGCCGCUGCCGGCUGACCACCUGCAGCGCUGGAUCCUUCCAGUGCCCGGGCACAUACGUGUGCGUGCCAGAGCGCUGGCUCUGUGAUGGAGACAAGGACUGUGCAGACGGAGCUGAUGAGACCCUCGCUGCUGGCUGCU